AUGAACGAUCAUCAAAAUCAUAUUAUUCACCAGCAACAAGAGCAUCAUGAAGAAUCGAUUCUUGAUCUCUCACAUCCAUCCAAUCAUCAUCAUCAUGCGCAUCAUCAUGAAGAACAUGCUCAUUUCAUGUAUGAAGAUUUAGAGCCAACCUCUUCCAGUCAUCAUCAUCACCACCAGGAUCAUCAUUCUACAGCAGUUUUAAACACGAAUAAUUUCACUUCCGAUAAUGGGAGCAACAAUAAUAACGACGAGAACAUUGGAACCAAUUCAACCAUUGAAGCAAAUUCAUCAUCACUCUCCGAAGUUGUCUCCCAAUCACAUCAUCAUUCCUCUCUUCCACCAUCAUCCCCACAUCAUAAUAGCCUCAUGCUAUUGACAGCUGCUACUCAAAUUCACGAAGACACCCGAGAAUUAUCACCUGCAUCGUCAUCAACAGCAAAUGAUCAUCCAAGGAUGGCGACAUCAGCAUCUUCCUACGCCGACAAUACCACCACAAUAACAACAACCAUUGCACACAAUUCCAAUGCACAAACAACAUCGGAAGAUGACGAGGCAAUUGGUAACCACACACCUGGAGUUGGUGGUGGAGAUGAUGACGAUGAUGGAGUUCAUCCACUCGACACUGCCCCACCCUUUGAAUUUAAGGAACAGGAUCGUCUUCUUCCAUAUGCUAAUAUUGAGAGAAUCAUGAAAAAAACUGUUGAAAUGUUUAACAGGAGUGCCAAAAUUUCAAAAGAAGCCAAAGAAUGCAUGCAAGAAUGUGUCACAGAAUUUAUUUGUUUUGUAACUGGAGAAGCUUCGGAUUUAUGUGUGGAGGAGAAGAGAAAAACAGUGGGAGGAGAGGAUAUUCUAAAUGCACUCGAAAAAUUAGGAUUUGAAAAUUAUGUCCCAGCAUUGAAAGAAUGUUUGAAACAACAUCGAGAUGUCCACAAGAGUGACAAGAAGGGAUCUUCGAGUAAAUCCAAGAAAAAGUCCAAAUCAAAAUCAGUCGAGGAGGAUUAA